AUGAUAAUUUUUUUAAAAAAUCAUUUAAAUACUGAAAGUAUUUCCGCGUCGGAAACAGUCAAGAUUGCGCAAAGCUAGUGCGCGGUAAACGACAGUUUCUUUCUCUUUUAAAUACAACAAGAUGUCGAAGAGAGGACGUGGUGGUUCUGCAGGAGCAAAAUUUAGGAUAUCAUUAGGUUUACCAGUUGGUGCAGUCAUAAAUUGUGCCGAUAAUACUGGUGCUAAAAAUUUAUAUGUUAUCGCAGUUCAAGGAAUAAAAGGCAGAUUAAAUCGUUUGCCAGCUGCUGGAUCAGGUGACAUGAUUGUUGCCACAGUUAAAAAAGGAAAACCUGAACUUAGAAAAAAGGUUAUGCCUGCAGUGGUAAUACGGCAGCGAAAACCAUUUCGAAGGAAGGAUGGAGUUUUUAUAUACUUUGAAGACAAUGCAGGAGUUAUUGUGAAUAAUAAAGGUGAAAUGAAAGGAUCAGCUAUUACAGGACCUGUUGCAAAAGAAUGUGCAGAUUUAUGGCCCAGGAUUGCAUCCAAUGCUAGCAGUAUCGCCUAAACAUUCUGUAAAUUUAUUGCUCUUAAUAAAAUAAAUUUGAGCAUUCGCUCAUUACUUUUUGUUGUA